CGGCCGCCACCAGAGGCAGCGCCUCCGAAUCUCAUCCCGUUCGGUCCUCGGGGGCUUCAGUCAGUCAGCCGACGCUCCGAGACGCGGUGAUUAUUCCCAUUGUAUGCCCGCUGCUCGAGGGGGGGUUUUCUUCCACCACUGACUCUCGCUCGCCUCCUCUCUCUCUCUCGCACGCUCGCCCUCGCGGCCUACUGCUGCUACCGCUACUACGGCUACUGCUACCGCUGCUGCUCGUGGUUGCCUACAUCGUCGUGUCCGCGUCGUCCUCGUCGUCGUCGUCGUCGACGCGUUCUCGCGCGUUCGCGAUAGUGUCGUAACCGCGAUUACGGAGCGUCGGUGUUUUCGAUCGUCGAAACUUGAUCGAUACGCGUCGACAGAAAUCGUUCCUUAUUUCUUUCUUUUUCUUCUUUUUUUCUCGUCCUUUCUUCUUCCUCUUCCUCUUCCUCUUUCUGUUCCUCCUCUUCGUCUUCUACGGCCGGAAGAUCGGAGGAUCCCGGCGCACACGGAACAACUGGAUUUCCAAUCGUGCGUGGUGUGUGCGCGCGCGCGCGCGCUCCCUCCGGAGCUACAUCGAUCUUCCUGUCUUCCUGUGAGUGAGAUCGGUGACCAACGUCGCGACGGAACAUCCGCCGCAGGACCGUGGACCAUGACGUGAACCUGGUUGGGUUGGGACCAGCCGGUGUACACGAUUCUUCCAAGACAUCUAGUGUUCCACGUAUACAUACACGUAUAUAUAUAUAUAUAUUGUUCACGAUUGUGUAGAUCGAGUGAAACGUAACAACGUCCGCCGAAUUUCGUUGCAUCGAGUGUUCCUUGGAACGGUGGAUCCGCGCCACGUCCGACACGCUCGCAUCUCAAGCCUCGGAUCGUUGCUUCUCGUUCAAGUGCCGGUUCUGUGCGGGGGUGUCAAAUAUACAUAUAAUAUAUAUCUCGUAAUUACGUGACAAGUGCCACGAGGAAGUCGAAGUUCGGGGUAGUCGAGGCUACCAGCGCGCGAGCAGGAUGAUAUGAGCACGCUUGGCAGAUUGAGGAUGUCCUCAAAGAGGAAGUCACCACCAACGAAGCUAUCGGAGGGCGGGGGCGGCACGGGUACAGUGGCAGGCGCAAACGAGGAGGAGGAGGACACGACCUCGUCGGUGACCGGUGGUCCCGGUGGCGAGGUAGCCGUCGGUGAAGAGGGUCCCACCACCCCCGUCGACAUCGAGGACUGUUACCCCCACCAGAGGGGAGGUGACUGCGAGUCGUCCGGCUGCUCGUCGCCGGCGACAACCAGCGAGCCCGAUCUCAGGGACUCGCCCUCGCCAUCGUCGAAUUCCUUGCGGACCAGCAAGCGACAGAGGAUCGUGUUGACGGGGCAGGAGGCUCUUGCCUACCAUUAUCCCCCCCACCACCACCACCACCACCAUCAUCAUCACCACCACCAUCACCACACGAACACAUCCUCGUCGUCGGGCGGUGUCGUGGAACCUGCCAGCUCCUCGGAGUGCGGCUCGCCCCCCACACCCUUAACCGUCGACCCCUAUUACCCCACCCACCCCCAUCACAACAACAACAAUAACACCGUGACGCAGAAUAACAACAAUAACAACAACAACAACAACGGCGGGAACGCCACCACCGCGACAACCAAGAGAUCCAUGGACGACGUGCUGAAGAGGUUAACCUUCAAGAUGAACAGCGAGUCGCUGUCGCUCCAGGACGACACGAGUAAUAACAGGCGGAACAGCCCGCCGCCCACCUCCACGCCGACCGGGCACAACGCGCAUUGCGGAGGCGUCGCCAGCGUGGCGAACAGCGUGCCACCCUCGCCCCCGGCAUCUGGCAGGAUGCAGAACACGGAUGGACAAGUGCAGCAGGAUGGCGCGUCGGCCUUGCACAGGGUCUUCUGCGCGGAGAGCUUCGCGGAGAAGGAGCGGAGGCUGUCCGAGAUGAUCCUGCAGCUGCAGCUGCUCAGGGAACAAUUGCUGCAACAGCAAGAUCAGUCGAAGUCGUAUCCUGCGCACAUGACCGUCGACUCGCAGAAGCAAAUCGAGAUGCAGCGGCUGCAAACGGAGCACUUGAAGCGGCAGCAAGAGCACAUCAUGCAGCACAACAUCCAGGAGCUACAGGCUCAGAUGACAAAGAACCAGCUGAGCAUGUCGGGGCCGCAAUCCUUGAUGUUCCUACCGUUUCUCGAACAGCUCAGAGGGUUGCCGGUGCAAUCGCCUAUGCCGCCACCGCCGGUUACGUCGACGUCAACGACCACCAACAAACAUAUCAAUUCGAUCGCUAACAUGAUCAGCAGCCACCGGGAAGGGCCAAGCUGGGCGACGGCGCAUCUCGCGCAGAUGACCACGCAGAUGGAGAAGGAAGCGUCGCCGACGCCGAUCUCUUCCGCCGUGGCGCCGACCGCAGCCCCCUUGCAGGAUCUCGACGCGCCUCUCAACCUCACCAAGCCCAAGUCCUCGUCGUCGGGGGCCACGGCGUCCUCCUCGUCGCCCGGAAGCGACUCCCACUCGACCGGGGCCGGAAGCAGCGGCCAGCAGGAGCAACCGCUCGCGGCCACCGCGCCGAAGCUCUUCCCUCCAGGCCUACCGAUGCCUCGAAAUUAUCUCACCACCCUUCCUUACGCGGGUCUUCCACCUCACCUCAGCUCCAUCUCCUCCCCGAUGGGCAAGGUAAUGGCCAAAGACGAGGCGGCUGGACCUGGGGGUGCCGUGGCAGCAGCCGCGGUCGCCGCCAUGGAGAAGCACAUCGCGAUGCAUAGCAUUUACGCGAUACCACCGAGUGCUGGCGCGAUGCCUCCAUCGCCGCAGACUCAACGACCCGGGGGUCUCAAGCACUCAAGUUCUCGGGAAGAGGCUGCACAGGAGGAACAGGACUACCUGUCGACACCUCACAUGUGGCGGGAGCCGGGUUACAAGGUACCGGAAGACAUAACGGAAAAAGCUAAAAUGGUGAGACAGCAGAAGAGGGAGGGUGAGAACAAGCCACAUAUCAAGCGGCCUAUGAACGCGUUCAUGGUGUGGGCCAAGGACGAGCGUAGGAAAAUUUUGAAAGCCUGCCCGGACAUGCACAAUUCGAACAUAUCGAAGAUACUCGGAGCUCGAUGGAAAGCGAUGUCGAAUUCCGAGAAACAGCCAUACUACGAGGAGCAGUCACGAUUGUCGAAGCUGCACAUGGAGAAACACCCCGACUACAGGUACAGGCCGCGGCCCAAGCGCACCUGCAUCGUGGACGGGAAGAAGAUGCGCAUAUCCGAGUACAAGUCGCUGAUGCGGCAACGGCGGCAGGAAAUGAGGCAACUGUGGUGCCGUGACAGCGGGCCAGAGAUGAGCUUCCUGUCCCCGGUCGGCUCAGAGCUGAGCACGCAACACCAUCCGGGCACGGGAGCCGGGCCGUCGGCGAGGCCUAGCGUGUCGCCUCCUGCGACCAUGUUGAACGGCGGCGCGGCCGGCCCCAGUUCCGACCAUCCAUCCUUCUAUUAUCCCCAGGACAGCCUUUCGCCGACGGAUAUGAUGAACUUCUCGCCAGAAAACUCGGGAUCGAUCGGUGGUUACGACGCGAGCCCCCGCCACCACGACGAGGAUUGAACCGCGGCUCCGGGUCAGCCGCCAUGGCCGCCCGGAGCAUCGUCGUCAACAGCAGCAGCAGCAGCAGCAGCAGCAACAACGUCCACGUCCACGAGACUCGGCCACGAGUUGUUCUGGUAAAAGUUUGCGGUGAUAUUCGCGCGCAAAGUAUAAUAUAUACAAAUACGAUAUAACGGUGAUAAUAGGCCGUUGAAAUAUAUAUAUAUAUCGUGAAAGACGGAAAUAAUAGGAGGGAUGAACGUUCUCGAAAAAAAUAAGUGACUGAGCGUUUCGAAGCCUCGCCCGAGAGGUUGUGAUAUAUAAUAAACGAUUCGAUAUUCUGUGCCAUCGUACGACGCGUGGAGGCCCUCCCGCGGAUUCGAGCGAGGCGAGUCCAUGCCUUCCUUCGAUUAGCCGUCGUCGUGUCGAGGUCGUUUGCGAGACGACAUCGUGCGAAUAAUUGCGCAACUCGGAUCGCACCGCGCCUCUUUGGGACAAUGUCGCGGUGAGCAGAGUCGCGCGAUGACCCAAUGCCGGCCAACCGAUCCCCCCUUCCGUUAUCUGUAUUAUCAUGUGCACGUCGAACGAUUCAGAACGAGACACCGGUGAACGUGAGCUCUCGAAGGAUAGAAAGAAGGGAAUAAGCACGAGGAAGCUUAUUACCGUUAUACUUGAAACGGGGUUGGGGGAAGUUGAAGGCGACGGUUGGUCGUCCACGCAGGGGGGCUUAAGAACGGACACGACGGCGGCACAGGGAGGAUGUACAUGGUGUAUUCCGUUGGUGUAAUCAAAAGCGCGACCAAGGCGGCGCAAAUCUGCGAACGAUAAGGCCUGAUCGUCUUUAGAUAACGUUCUAGGUAACGAGAUAUGCGCGCGAGUAGAAUUCUCGAACAGGUAACGAACGUCGAUUCGCGUCGUGUCAACGUGUAUAUGUCGGUAUCCAUCUCGCGGGUGUUUUCCGUUUAUACGCGGGAGCGCAGAGCAACAAACACAUAUGAACGCUAGAAUUAUACAUAAAAUAAAAUAAAUAAAUAUAAAUAUAAAAAAUAUAUAUAUAUAUAUAUACACACAAUUAUAUAUAUAUACAUACCUGAUUUUUCGUAAGACUGCCAUGUGUCACGUGUGUGCGCGCGUAUCAGAAGAAGAUCGAUCGGACGCAAUCUCCCGCCGAUGCUCGAUCGAACUCGUUUCUAUCGCGUUUCGUAUUAUGAACCGCGUUUCAACACACCGCGAGACGAUCGCGACACGUAUUUCAGUGUGCACGUGCGUGAGUGUGUGUGUACGAAGAUACGGUGAGCGGCCAAAAAAAAAAAAAAAGUCUUGUUCCUAUUCCUUCUAGUGUGUGUGUGUGUGGUCUAAUAGCGAUACGCCAUUCCGGUCGGCCGUGUCGAUACGUGAGAAACGAUGAUAGAAAUGAUACGUUAAUUAAAAAAAAAGAAAGAAAAAAAAAGAAAAGAAAAUAAAGAAAGAAAUUGAACGUAAAAAGGGAAGAAUGAAAAAAAAAAAAAAAAGAAAAAGAAAAAGAAAAAAACUAUGGUCCGUUGAUUAUCGCGUCAUAUUUAGAUCGUGUAAUAAUUCCAGGUUCACGGCGGACGCUCCUUUUUUUUUUCCGUAUUCACAUGCAAUCGCUGUUAUCCGGUAUGUCGCACGAGGACCGGAACAGAGGAUGAAAGAAAGAUGUGAAAUCUCAUAUUCCGUCACACGCGAUUUGCACCCGCUCGAGUCACAGGGAUAUGUGGCCACUUCGUUUCGCGUCUUUAAAAAAGAAAAAAAAGAAAAAAACACUUAUAGUACUUAUAGUAUUUUUCGCAAUUAAUUUAUGGACCGUAACGAUGUUAACGACGAUUAAUCAGGGCAAAGGGAAUGAGAAGAUGAGGGUAUGGAUCGAUGAUUGAGCGAAAGAGAGAAGAGCGUGAAAAGAGCGCAAGGCACGAGAGGAGAAUGUUCUUGUUUUAUUUUUUUUUUUUUUUUAAAUAAAAGAGAAAUAUGGAAUAAUCUAAAAAAAAGAGAAAUAAUCGAAGCGUAUUAUUAGAAGGAAAGGAGGUGUGUGUAUGCGUAGGAGGAAUGAAUAGCGAGAAAAUGAGAGAAGGACACGCGCGGCGUCAAUUUUUAGUACAAUGUUACAAUAUGUAAAUUACGGACGGGGAAAAUUAGCGUUAUUUAUUGUAAACGAUGUAAACGAACGAAUAAUCAAAUUCUAAUACGACGUUGUGUGUUUUUGUUUUUCGACGUUUCCGAACACACGCUGUUACGUUUUUUCUCAGUUUUAAUUUCAAUUUCCUUGUGAAUUUGUGCGAGUUCGUGAAAGCACGAUAAACCCGACGGGGGUCGAUCGAGAGUAAUCUAAAGACCAUUGAUUUAUCGUGGUGUUGAUGAAUGUUACAGAAAAAAAAAAAAAAGGAAAAAAGAACGAAAACGAGCAGCGUUUUAUAAUGGGCAAAAAAAAAAAAAAAAGGAAAAAAAAAGAAUAAAA